CCUGUAGAGACAAGGACACACCUGUAGAGCCAACGACACACCUGUAGACACACCUGUAGACACAACGACACACCUGUAGACACACCUGCAUGACGUCACUCACACGCCUUCACCUUACAGACUCUGGAUCUAGUGAAACAUUAAGAACAUGGUAUACAGGUAAAUCACAGUGGAACAUCUCACUCUAUAUUCCUGACCGUGGGCCGGUUCCUGAACGCCCCAGAAGCUGUGCGGCGUCUGGCUCAUCAGAGCUGAUUAAACUCACCUGUCGGUGUGACGGCGGCGGCUCGUGCUGAGGCGUGUGAACCGGAGCGAGCGGACCGAGUCUACCGAGAGAACCGAGAGACCCGGUCACCUGGUCACCUGGUUACCCUGGUUACCCUGGUUACCCUGGUCACCGUGGCAGCUCACCGGCGGGAUGCAGAAAGGCCUGAAGAAGUACUUCGUCAACAUGGACGAGUACCUGUGCAGCCUGGGCCUCUACCGGAAGAUGGUGGCGCGGGACGCGUCCAGUCUGUUCAGAGCCGUCUCAGAACAGUUGUAUUACUCUCAGAACUACCACCAGAGGAUCCGUCAGGACUGCGCCGACUUCAUGAGAGCCAACAGAUGCAACUUUGAACCAUUCGUUGAAGGUUCUUUUGAGAAAUACCUGGAGCGUUUGGAGGACCCCAAGGAGACGGUGGGUCAGGUGGAGAUCAAGGCUCUGUCUCAGCUUUUCAGGCGUUGUUUCCUGAUCUACCGUUACCCGGGGAAACCAGCCACCGUGAUCUCAGAGGACGACUUUGUUGACAAGGUGACGCUGUGUUGCUCCAUCAAUGGUCACUAUGACAUUGUUUACCCGAGGACUUACCCCGUCUCCGCUGCCCUCUGCCAGUCUCUUUUCUAUGAGCUGCUUUACACUCAGGUGUUUGGGUUUGAGGAGGCGGAGCUCUGUCAGGCCAUGGAAGCCUUCAGGGUUGGAGGUCGUCGCUAUAGAAACAGCCCAUCACUGUGUAGUGAUGUCGACUUUGGCUACGACACACCUGAGGACCGAUGUCACAGGGAGGAGCCGGAGUCUGACGAUAAACAGCGGGCUGUGACAGCCGAGACGAAGCAUCCUACAGAAGCCCCGCCCCCUUCCAGACUGUCUCUUCCUUAUAAGGUCAUGAAGUCUCUGGAUGGAGAAGCGUACAGAAACCUAGAGUUUGACGUGUGGCAGGACACCUGUAAAGAGAUGCAGAAGACGGACUACAUGGUGUUUGCAGGGAGGCAGUACUUCCUGGGAGACAAGUGUCAGGUGCGUCUGGAGCCGAAGGGGAAGUACUACAACGCCUUCAUCCAGGAAGUAGGAACCCACCCGUCAGCCGUCACCGUCUUCAUCGAGGAGCUGGGAGAGAAACACCUGGUUCCCCUGACGGACCUGAAACCAGUCAAUCCAGUUCCAGCCUGGAACGUCGCUGCUCCCACCAGAAAGGGAGACCUGGACCCGGACUCUCGUGGUCAGCGACAUCAUCACCGUCAUCGGUACUUCAGGAAGUCUCGUGGCAGCAGCGGGUUGAAGGGGGCGGAGCUUCUGAUGCCCCCGCCACCCUAUGGAGGCCCAGCUCCCUCCAACCUGCCCCCCCGCUUCCAGCCGACAGGCCACCACCGCCCCCCCCCUUUGUCACCAGGAGCCAUGACCUACGACCCCUACGCCCCACACCACCACCAACCCCCAACCAGACCUCCUCGCUACGGAGCCUCCAGAAGCUCCACCCGUUUCCUGAACCGUCACCUGAUUGGUCCUCAGUUGACCUAUUACCACCCUGGCAGGAGAUAUUACCACGACUACGAGAGCUAUGCCUUCAGGUCACGUCGCAGUCGCCGUCAGCUGGCUGCGGCUCUGAAUAAAGACGGUCAGUUUGGUUUCCCCGCGGAGGCCGAGGAGGAGACAUCCGAUCUGGACGCCACCAUCACCUUCUACCAGCUGGACGACGGAGACGGCGUCUUCCCCCCGCUGACGGGCCAGGCAGUUGCCCCACCUCCCUCCAUGGGAGCCCCACCCCCUCCACCUGGCUCCUCCUACAGAGUUCAGAGAAGCUCGGGGCCCCUCCCCCCCGCACCUCCACCUGGGAGUACCCCGGUCUGUUCCUCUGAGGAGGACCAGGAGGACACCAGCACCGUGGAGGACCAGACCGAGUACACGGAGGAUUACAUCUACAUCACUCAGGAUCAGAGCUACCAGACCUCCGGUGUUUACACCGCUGUUGAGUCCUCCACCAACCAGGACGACCAGGAGAGAGGAACUGCUGACUCUCCUCCGAGACCGGAGAUGAACUACAGCUACACACAGCAGGUAGUGAAGCCAUUAGUCAUCUGCUCCUCUCCCUCUUCUUCCUCCUCCUCACCCUCUUCAUCAUCAUCACGUGUACCUGCAACUGCCCUCCUGCCGGCAGCAACACAAACACGCUCAGUCGCCAUGGCGAUUCCAGCCGCUUCUCCCUGGUUGGUUAAUGAGUUGGGUGAGCCUGUCUGCACCAUGGUAGCGCCGCCCCCUUACUCCUAUGACCCUAACGCCAGUGACUUACCCCGAGACUGCAGAGUCCUCCAGUAUUACUUCAACUUAGGAGUCCAGUGGUACCAUCAGAGCUGCUGGCAGCAGCAGACGUACCCCGCCACCCCUCCAGAGGCCUCCUACCCCUACCAGCACUACACCCCCUACCUGAACCAGGAGCCCCCCUUGCAUGCUGUCCCUCCUUUGUACCCUGAGACAACUCGAGGCCUCCAUCAGCCCCCCUCCUACUACCCAGAAUCCACCAGGGCAGGAGACGGACAGACAGACGGACACAGCGGCGGCCCCGCCCCCUCAGUGGAAGGCUCCUCCUCCACCACGAGCCCCGCCCCUCCAGGCUCCGCUGCCUCCUCUACUCUCAUGUACCAGGAUCAAGCGCCCCUCCCCUCUCCAUCGCUGCUGCACCUGCAAUAUGAGGCUCCGCCCCCAACCACCUACCUGCCCUCCGCCCCUCACCCUCCUCUUCCUCACUCUGCUCACCUCACCCAUCACUCCUCCUACCACGCCUGCCUUCCCCCCUCCGCCCACUGGGGGUCGCUGCAGAACGGAGGCCACACCACGCGGGUCUACUGCCCCGCCCCUAACCCCGCCCAUGUGGUCGGUUACAUCACAGCACCCCCCCACCACACGGCCACACACUACAUCUCCCCCCCCAUCUAACACACACACACACACACACACACCUUACUUCAAUCGUUAGC